UCCUCACCGCAUAUCCCAACGUUCAAGCCUCAAACCCAGAUCCACGAUGAUUUCCACCAAAGGCUAGACAGGCAUGGCAGACCUUUCGGAACACACCCGUCAACUUACAAUCAGAGCUACCGGCCCCCCGGUAUUGCUAGAGAUUACAGGCAGCUUGGUGAGCACAGAGAGGAAGGCAAUCGAACGCAACAAGCAGGAGUAGAAUCCUACAGAAAGGAAGGAUCAUCACACAAAAGAACCACAAAUUAUGAAAAUGAAAAUCUGGGAGCUAAGAGGAAUAGACAAACAUCACCUCGAAUGGAAUGGCGAGAAAAACCUAUAGAGAACAAAGAAAACAGCAUUGAAGACUCAACAUCAACAAGACAGAGAGAAUUCUCCAUGCCCAAGUCUUUGGGAAGAAACCUUGACAGAGAAGAUUUCCCCACACCACCACCAAUCCCUACUACAGAACAAGUAAUGGAUGAGCUACGGGAGGUCACAGUUCAAUACAUAAACUGUGAGGACCCUACAGAAAGUAUGGCACGUCUUCAGAGAGUCUUACAGGGUGAAACAAACGGAAUGAUGGCGGAAGCGGCAGCUGGGAUAAUUGAAGCAGCCGUCCUUUCCCACCAAGCAAGUAUGCUAGCAGAUCAACAACAUCUCAGGGAGGAAGUGGAGACUUCGAACCUAAUCCCUGCAAAACCAGCCGAAAAAAAGAGGAGAGGGAGACCCCCAAAUAGAAUCCGGUCACAGCCGAAUCCCACAGUUGUUAUUGGAGCUAGCUCUCGACAAAGACCCAUAUCUCAAAUUCAACACUCACCAAGCCAGAGAGCACGAAAAGCCAGUUGUGUGGUAAAAGAGUUCCCCAACCUCGCCCCUGACAUAUUGAGCAUCGUCCCAAGCAAAUCAGCGGCUAAGGACAGAUAUGUAUGGCUCCCCCAAGAGACUGGCGAAUACACAACACGUUCGGGAUACCACGCUGGGAGAGAAGAGACCCCCCCUCCACUCACGCAACCUCAAGAAACUACAAGAUUUGACUGGAACAGACCAAUUUUCUCGCCUAAGUUGAAGCUCUUCUUAUGGAAAAUCCUACAAAAUGCAUUACCUAUUGGUGAAAACCUAGCAAAAAGAGGGCUCAUAGCGAACGUGAACUGUAUAAGAUGCGGCUUACCUGAAACAGCUGUCCACCUCUUCUUCCAAUGUGAGUUUGCAAAGAAGGUCUGGCGAGAGGCUCCCCUGCGAGACGAACUGGGUCUCUCACACAUGAAAAACCCUAAAGAAACCUUCACCAAGGCUGUCGCUGAUGCCCGUGAGUGGUACCUUGCACAAGAAAAACAGAUCACAACUCAAUCUGGAGAAGAGAGCAGACGAUCACUUACACCGAGAGACAUACCUCCAGACGCCAUCCAUUGCAAUACUGAUGCAGCAUGGAACCCAGACACCAAAACGGCGGGCCUAGGAUGGAUUUUCUGCAAUCAAGCCGGAUCUCAUCUAACACAAGGAUCCAACACGAAGACUUUCACUCGAUCUCCACUAACGGCAGAGACCCUUGCAAUUAGAGAAGCCCUCCAACAUGCA